GAUACCACUCCUGCUAGCCCUACAAUACUGCAGUUGAUCGUUAGGGGCGCUGUUGCUCACCCACCAGUCAUCAUCAUCAUCAUCAUGGCGGCAGUAAACCAGGACUUCAAGACUAAUGUAGACAACGCCUGCAGGGCAGGAGAGGAGUUCUCCAAGGUUUUCUACGAGACUUUCGACAAGAGAAGACAUGUUUUGAACAAGCUGUACCUGGACACAGCUAACCUGGUGUGGAAUGGUAACGUUGUGAAGGGACCACAGGAGAUCACAAAGUUUCAUGAUAACUUACCUCACAGUGAACACAAACUCUUCACACUGGACUGUCAACCCCUGCCAGAUGAAGCCACCCAAGGGCAGGCCACAGUACUGGUCACCACCAGCGGAACGGUCAAGUUUGAGGGCAACAACACCAUGAAAUUUACACAGAACUUUACACUGACCAAUCAGGGCAAUGUGUGGAAAGUAGCCAGUGACUGUUUCAGGUGCCAGGAGGAAUGAACACAUGUCUGACAUUAUCAGAUGACUGUGUGAGGGCUGAAAUGGUUGUUUUCAACAACUGUGGGACUUAUAACAGAACCAUGGGCCAUAUUAGUGUUGAAAGCACAGGACAUCGGAGCAAUAUGAACAAACCGGACUAGUCCUGUGAAGGAGAGGAUAUUCAUGAAGUGGUUUGACAACUGUCCAUCAAGAUCUCACCGAUACAUUAAAUUUCAUACAUUCAUAAAAAGGGAGAUAGUUCAUUUAUUUCUCCAUUUCCAAUAUUGGGAACUUUUCAUACAAGUUACAUUCCUUAUAUUAGGAUUGCAUGUCGAACCGUCGUGACUGAAGACAACACAAAUUAUGUUCAUUGAGCUGGAAAGUAUGAGAGGGAAAUAUCACCUGUACAUCAUGCUAUUUUUUUGUUUAUGACUGGCAGCACACUGAUGUUGGUGAUGGUUAUCACUGUAUAUCAAAGAUUAUUCUUGAAAAAUAAACCUUAAGUUUUAAUUUCUGCAAAAUCAUUACCAGAUAAGUUGUCCAGUAGCUGCUGUAUGUUGCAGAACUCUUUAAUAUGUUCAAGAACUGACUGCAGCCUUAACUCUUGUCACUAUCUAGUGUCACCAGCAAAAGAGCAUUGGCUGAAGCUUCAGCUCACAAUCUUAUCAAGUCAUGCAAGAAGCAAGAAAAAGAACUUUCAUACACAAUACUCUUAUUUUUGAGAAGGAAUAAAAAUGACAAUUUGCUUGUUA